AUGAAUCGUCUGCAUUCAAUGGUCGCAAUCGCGUUGUUCGCCUUACUUGGCGGCGUAUUCGCCCGACAUGACGCUGCGUUCAAAACGUUCAGCUCGACCAGCAACGAGUGCGCCAAAUAUCUGCACAACGAUGGCAGUGGCGACUGCAAUAUUCACUGCGUGGGAGUGGCCGCGCAUAUCUGGAACGACACGGUGGCCAAGUUCACACCGAAUUACGCCAACUUCUUCGUUCCGGAUGCGGAAGACAAAUGCUACGAGAACCGUACCGAUCGUUGCUUGAUGCAUGUUGCCAGCACGGUUCCAGUUUUCGACAAGUGCGCUCGGGCCAAUCAACUUGGGCAGUGCUACGUCGACCAGUACGGAGAGCUGCAAACCGACGUGCAGCAGUAUGUCCCAAAGACCGACGUGCAGUACACCAGAGUUUUCCUGCAGUGCGCCUCCAUCUUGGGUCUAUCGAACCAGGACCUACAGGCCAUGGUCGACCAAGGAGCUUACAAAGCUCCGGGAUCCGCCUGCCUGCUGCGGUGCACAUUGAUCCGUAUGGGACUGUACAGUGACAGCGCGGGAAUAGACUUGCCUCUGGCCAGUCGGCAGUGCGGUCUGUACAACGCAACCGAAGACAUCGGUAAGUGCCAAGCCAGGGUACAGGAAGAGGAAUGCGACAAGUGCAAGCGGGCCCUUCGAAUCGCAGAUGAAUGCCUCGGAAUGCACUUCCAUGUAAAACCGCUGGGAGAAACCUUCGCCGUGGAGCUGUAUUCGUUCUAUGCGUUCUGCAACCGUUGCUUUACUGCAUACGGACCUUUCUGGGAAUUCUACUGCCCCACGUGUGUCUUUUACAUUUACUAUAAUUGA